UCUUGCUGCAGACGCUGGGGAGUCAAGAGUCGCAGGAGGACGAGCAUUGGAGGAGAAGCGGAGAGAUGUCCACCCUGGGCUGGUGGCGCCGCUGGGCGCCCGGUUCAAUGUGGGCGCACUAGGCGGCCGACCUCGGUCGGGGUGUGUGCGCAGAGUGCGGUGCUCCGGGGAGCUCUACCUUCUUGAUCUUCUGUCCUUCUUAAGACCGCUGGCAAGAGGAAGCCUAACUAGGUCCUCCAGCAGCUAGGUGGCUGGUCCAGUUUGCUGAGUGAUUCAGACCAGACAUGAUGAGGAGAAGUGAGCAGACUCUCCAAAGGGUGUCCAUUUGUUCAAUCCAUCCGCAAGUGCUGAUACUCAGCCUAUUUGGGACAGAAUCAUGCCAGACUCUGGCACUCCAGAAGCAAACCUACAUGGGAAAUGAAAGCAUAAUGAGGAGGUGGAUGGAAUGGACAACAAUAAGGAGAUUUGGCUGGAGUGUGAAAGAGGCAGGAGACUGGAACAAACGAGAAGAGAGGAGAGACUGCACACCAUGCUGUCCCUGAGAGAUGACAAGCGUAACCUCCUCGGUUCCUGACUUUAAAGUUCUCAAUUCCAGCCCCCUUUAAAUGAGGCAGACCCUCACGGCAAGAGGAGAUCAGCCGGCCAUCCCUGAAAAGCUCAAGCCCUUGGGUGCGAGCAAAAUAAAUAACUGUGAAAAACUCACCACUCCACUGGAGAAUUACAAGAUGUACCACCAGGAAGACGACACCAACAGUGACAUGACCAGUGACGACGACAUGAGCCGAAGUGGGAGAGACACCCCACCACCUCAACCAUCCCACUCUUUCAGCAGUGACCGAGACCAGGAGCGCAGGGGCAGAAGCAGAGAUGUGGAGCCUCGAGACCGCUGGAACCCCAGGAACCCCAGAAGCAGGCUGCCUCAACGGGAUCUUUCCCUUCCUGUGAUGUCAAGACCACAUUUUGGACUGGAACGAGAUGAUGAGAGACGUUCCAUGGAUUAUGAGUCUCGAUCCCAGGAUGCUGAGUCAUACCACAAUGUCGUGGAACUCAAAGAGGACAAGAAGCCUCAGAAUCCAAUUCAGGACAAUCUGGAGAACUACCGAAAACUGCUCUCACUGGGAGUACAGCUUGCCGAAGAUGACCGACACUCUCACAUGACACAAGGCCACUCAUCCAGGUCCAAGAGAAGUGCCUACCCAAGCACCAGUCGAGGUCUGAAACCCAUGCCUGAAGCCAAAAAGCCAGCCCACCGACGGGGAAUCUGUGAGGAUGAAUCUUCUCAUGGCGUGAUAAUGGAAAAAUUCAUCAAGGAUGUGUCCCGCAACUCCAAAUCCGGAAGAGCCAGGGAGCUGAACGUACGUCCUCCUCCGAGGUUCCCCAGGCCCAGCAACAACUGGAAGGACACUUCAUCAAACAAAAGAGAGUCGGUGAUCCAGGAGAGGGCUGCUGAGGGGAGCGCGUUCAGGGGAGGCUUCAGGGUCAAUGCUGAACUGCUUUCCAGAAGCCGAGCUCUGGAAAGGAAGAGGCGUUAUCACUUUGAUUCUGAGGAGAAGGGUUCAGGUCACGAAAAUAAGAGCUGUGUGAGGAAGAAGCCUUUCGAGUGUGGUAGUGAGAUGCGACAGGCUCUGAGCAUGGGUAACCUGAGCUGCCCUCCUGUCCCUGAGUCCCCGACAAUCGAUUUGGCCGCAGACCCGUAUGUGUGCGAUGAGUGUGGGAGGUCGUUCAGUGUCAUCUCUGAGUUUGUCGAGCACCAGAUUAUGCACACGAGGGAGAACCUCUACGAGUACGGAGAGUCCUUCAUCCACAGUGUAGCUGUCCAUGAGGUGCAGAAAGGUCAGGGUGGGGGCAAGCGCUUUGAGUGUAAGGAGUGCGGGGAAACCUUCAGUAGGAGCACAGCCCUGGCGGUGCACCGCCAGGUUCAUGCUAGAGAGUACCUGGCAGAGUGUAAAGAUCAGGAGGAUGAGGACACCAUCAUGCCUAGCCCAACCUUCAGCGAGCUGCAGAAGAUGUAUGGCAAAGACAAGUUCUAUGAGUGCAAGGUGUGCAAGGAGACCUUCCUGCACAGCUCCGCCCUGAUCGAGCACCAGAAAACCCAUGGGAGAGGCAAAUCAGGAGACAACAGAGAGAAUGAGCGUGAACGCGAACGGGAGCGCAUGCGUGCACGCGCACGGGAGCAACGUGAACGUGAACGUGAACGCGAACGCGAAGAGCAUGGAGAACCCUUUCUGACCUGUCCAAACUUCAGUGAGUUUCGGAAAAUGUACAGGAAAGAAAAGAUCUAUGAGUGCAAAGUGUGUGGGGAGAGCUUCCUUCAUCUCUCAUCCCUGAGGGAGCAUCAGAAGAUCCACACUAGAGGAAACCCAUUUGAAAAGAAGAGCAGGAUGUGCGAGGAGACCUUUGUCCCUAGUCAGUCCCUCAGAAGGCGCCAGAAAACUUACAGGGAGAAGCUGUUCGACUUUAACAACGCCAGAGAUGCAUUGAUGGAAAGCUCAGACGCCGGGGACCACCAGAAAAUUCGUUCUCGGAAGAAUUUCUUCGAGAGCAGGGCCUAUGAGAAACCCUUUACCGAGUCUCAGAAGAGUCAUACCAUAACAAGACCACCUGAGAACAAAGACAAUGACAAACCGUUCACCAUCAGCGCCAACCCCAAUGACAAGCAGAAAUUCCCCACCAUGGCAAAUGACUGCCAGGGGAAAGCCUAUGAGAGGUCUGUCAUUCACAGCUUCGGCCCUGCAGAGGCUCAGAAGAGUCGUGGUGCACUGGGAUUCAUCAAACCAAGACCAGUGAGAUCAGUGACAGAGUCGAGCACCCAGACCACAGGUGACUUUAGCUUCCCCCAGUUCUUCUCUAGAGGGGGCAUCUUUGAAAGAAAGGAAUACAAGGGAUCUGUCAUCCACAGCCUGCCCGCUCCUCGACCUCUGAAACGCCAUAGAGUAAAUGACCAGCUUGAAUGUGAUGAAGGGGGAGAGUCCUCCAUUUAUAUCUCAGAUCUUAACAACAAGCGACGGAAGCUUCCUACUGGAGAAGACACUUACGAAGGAAGUAACAGCAACAAGCACAAGGAAUUCAUCCUCCCGAGAGUGCCUCGCACUGGGCCUCCAGGUCUCUCUGGAGAGUCCCGUGAAUCUAAUCAAGAUGUCACAUUUUCAGUUCCCAUCUCAAGUGUUCGUGAACACCAGAAAGCUCGUGCCAAGAAGAAAUACCUUGAGCCCAGGAGCAGUGAGACCUCUGUAAUCCACUCCCUACCUUUCGGAGACCUGCAAGCAAUCCGCCGUAGAGCCAAGUUCUUUGAGUGUCAGGAGUGCGGGGAGGCCUUUGCUCGUAGGUCUGAGCUCAUUGAACACCAGAAGAUUCAUGACAGAGAAAGACCCUCUGGAAGUCGACAUUAUGAGCUGUCUGUCAUCCGCAACCUGGCCCCUAGCGACCCGCAGACCAGUUAUGCCCAAGAACGUUUCAUUCAAGAGCAAGUGCGCAAAUUCAGAGAGUUUGGACAGCGGUCUGCUACCAGCAACAGCCUCAAUGUACAGAAAAUCUAUGCCCAACAGAAGUAUUAUGCCGAGGAGCCUCAUGCUAAAGAAACGCAUGUUCUGAAGAUUCAUGACAAAGAUCCCCAUGGCCAGGAGCCCCAUGGCCAGGAGUCCCAUGGUGAUGAGCCCCAGGACAAGGAACCCCUUGAUCAGGAGAUGCGCAGUGAAGAGCCCCAUGGCCAGGAGCCCCAUGGCCAGGAGCCCCAUGACAAAGAACCCCUGGAUCAGGAGAUGAGCAGUGAAGAGCCCCAGAGCAGUGAGCCCCAUGGCCAGGAGAAAGCUGAAGACACUACCAUUCAGGCCUCCACUUCUGAUGAGCACCAGAAAGAUAACGCCAAUGACAUGAUCUAUGAAUGCCAGGACUGUGGCCUGGGCUUUACCGACCUCACAGACCUCACAAGCCACCAGGAUGUCCACAGCAGAAAGGCUCUGGUUGACAGUCGCGAAUAUGCACACUCUGAAGUUCAUGUCCACUCAGUCAGCGAAUUUGAGAAAAAGUACUCUGGAGAGAAGCUGUACGAGUGCCCCAAAUGUGGGGAGUCCUUCAUUCACAGCUCAUUGCUUUUUGAGCACCAGCGAGUCCACGAACAAGACCAGCUGUAUUCUGUGAAGGCCGGUGACGAUGGCUUCGUCGCUGUCUUGCCUGUGAGGCCAAGGAGGAAUUGUGCUUCUGAGAGAAAUCCUGCUGUUGCUGGGUCAGCCAUUCGAUGCCGCCAGUGUGGACAAGGCUUCAUUCACAGUUCUGCCCUCAAUGAGCACAUGAGACACCACCGGGAUGAUGAAAUGCUGGAGCAGAAUGAGAUGAACGAUGAGGUUUUCAUUCAAGGCCUAGCCCUCACCGAGUACCAGGGAAGCGAAACCGAAGAGAAGCUUUUUGAGUGCACGAUCUGUGGAGAAUGCUUCUUCACUGCCAAACAGCUCGGAGACCACCACACCAAAGUUCAUAAGGACGAGCCUUACGAGUACGGGCCCUCCUACACCCAUGCCUCCUUUCUCACCGAGCCCCUCAGGAAACACAUCCCACUGUACGAAUGCAAAGAUUGUGGGCAGCCCUUCCUAGACGACACAGUCAUCACCGAGCGGCUGGUGUUCCAUCCUGAGCGAGAAGGGGGUUCAGACAUAGUAGCUGCCACGGCUCAAGAGGUUGAAGCCAAUGUCCUCAUUCCACAGGAAGUACUGAGGAUCCAGGGCUCAAAUGCAGAAGCUGCUGAGCCCGAAGUCGAGGCCGCAGAGCCAGAAGUGGAGGCUGCAGAGCCUGAGGUGGAGGCUGCACAGCCUAACGGAGAGGCUGAAGGGCCAGACGGAGAAGCUGCUGAGCCAGACGGAGAGGCUGAGCAGCCCAAUGGAGAGGCAGAGCAGCCAAAUGGUGAUGCUGAUGAGCCAGAUGGAGCCGGGAUCGAAGACCCGGAAGAGAGAGUCGACGAGCCAGAGGAAGAUGUUGAAGAGCCAGGGGGAGAUGCGGAUGAGCCCGAUGGGGCAGACAUCGAAGACCCAGAAGAGGAAGGAGAAGAUCAAGAGAUUGAGGUUGAAGAACCGUACUACAACUGCCACGAGUGCACAGAAACCUUCGCUUCCAGCGCAGCCUUCGGCGAGCAUCUGAAAAGCCAUGCCAGCGUGAUCAUCUUCGAGCCUGCCAAUGCUCUCGGAGAGUGUUCCGGCUACAUUGAACGUGCCAGCGCCAGCACCAGCACGGGUGGUGCUGAGCAGGCCGAUGACAAGUACUUCAAAUGUGAUGUCUGCGGGCAGCUCUUCCAUGACCGCCUCUCCCUUGCCAGACACCAGAAUUCUCACACUGGUUGAGUCUCCAGGCUGAGGCAAAAAGCAGAACAAAAACGAACCUUCCUCCCAGAACCAGACCCUUAAUAAAUCACAGAGAGAGCCUAAACCAACCCACAAUGUAAAUAGAAAUUCACCUUAUCAUAUUCAUACCGGACUUCUCAUCAGAUAACUCAGACUAACAAACAGAAAGGAUGAAUGAAGAGACCUUUUCAGUCUUUUCUCCAUCGAACAUCGGUUACACUCGUGAAAGCUAGAGCACACAUCUCAUUCUUCAUCUGAGUAGUUAGACUGAGGGAAAACCUAGUGAGUAUUCAAGACCACAGAGGUUGCCCCAAUCAACUGUAAAGGACACCCCUUUCAUACCCUAUACAUAAUGAUUCCUGCCAUGUAUAUAAAUGAGCAAAUCAGUGAUACAUAUAUUUGGACUUAGUGUGCUAUAGAAUUUACAGUUUACUCUACAGAGCUACCUAAACUGGUGCUCUGUGUUUUUUUUUUUUCUUUCCUGAGGAGGAAGAGAGCAACAAUUUAGCAUAUAUUUGUAAGUGUUGUCCAUCCCGCGGAAGCUUUACUGUGCAUCCUUUGAACCCCUUUAGUAUCCUUCCCAGUAACGGACUGUUUGGUCCCUACCUCUUAGCUAGUCCUGUGAGGGUGUGGGUGUGAGAGAGCAUGUGUCUUUGAAUCCUGGCUGUGAGAACAGGCAUCCUUUUAGCUUCCACAGCCAUUUGGUGUGCACCUAAACCCCUUGAGACUUACUGUAACUCUUUACAAUACGUGGAUUCAUCUCUAUGACCCCGUCCAUCUCCCCAUUUUAUAUCCCUUACAGUGGUUUUCAUGCAAAAAACAAAAUAUGUUACAUUUGAGGUGUUCUUUAAGGUUUGAAUUUUUGUUUUCUAACCUGUUCAUCAUGUGUUCGAUAGUGAAUUUAUGAAACCUGAAGCUUUGCCCUGUAAAUCUUGAUGUCUUUGCCUUUAAAGAGUGGGUGACAACCAUCGCUAGAUCACAGUAGUGCCUAAUGAAGGUUGGGAACCACGGGAGAGGCUUACAUUGUAAAUAAGGAAGCAGACCCGCAACCUUUCAUUAGCUCUGCUGUGUGCUUCCUGCCUUAAGUGACAAGUGGCAGCGUUGCUUGAGUCACCUGUGUGGUGUUUUAUGUGCUUGCCACAAGUCAGUGUGCUCCCUGGGUGCCCAGGAGCUAGUAUCCUUAGAUCUUUGUAUCUUCAAACUUAAUCUCCCACCCUUUAUGUGUCUGUCAACCCCAAGUGAAACUUGCAUUUAAAAAAAAGAAAAGAAAAACACACAAAAAAAGCUUUCUUUCUAGUUAAUCCUAGCUUAACAUGGACUCAGGUUCCCCAGCAGCCUUAAUUUUUUUUGUUACCAUUGUUCUUUCUCAUUGAGCCUCCUAAGUAUUUUUGAGCUUUCCACUUAGUGUCAUGUCUGCCUUGAUGUCGUCAGUUGUCCUCUUGAUCACAAAUGGACUUCCCAGCUUGAGAUUUCCUGCGUCCUAUAUAUGGACAGCUUGCGCUCCUUACUUCCCCUCCCCUCGCAUAAUGGCUAUAGAAAGAAGUUUUUGGCCUUCUGUUGGCUGGGGAAAAAAAAAAAUUAAAAAAUUUUAAAAAAUUAAAAAAAAAAAAAACAAAGCGGAUCUGUAGGCGAAAGAUCGAAGCUCUGUACAGAUCAUCUGAGAAAGUGAGGUGAGAUGCCUGCUGAGGAAAUGGGUCUGACUCUUAGGCUUCUAGAGCUGUAGGACCGGGGCUCACAGGGAGUGUGUCAAAGACUCAAGGAGUGCCAGAGGCUUCAGAGGUGGACACAAGCAAAGAGCAAGGAGUAGAGAGAUAAGCAAGCCAAAGAAAGGAGCUCCAAGAUAACUGCAGAUCUAGGAAGGCACUAAGACGGACUAAAGAAAACAGCAUCAGCAGGGACAGGAAGGGCAGGGUGAUAAGAAUGAAUUGAAUGAAGUGUCCUGGGUAGUUGGAAGAAAGGCCUUUCUGAUGGCAUGGCAUAGGUGAAGGCCAGCUGCAUAGAGAGACCCUAGGUUGGAACUGACAUCUAGGGAAACAGAGGGCAAUGAUACACUGGGGAAGCACCCUUGAGAUGGACGUCAGUGUUGAUGUCAUCUGGGUAAAUUUGGAAUUCGUUAUCAUUGACAGUGUUACCCCACUAGAUCCUGUUUAGAAAGCAACUUGUCAAGAAGUCUAAGCGUCCAUUCUAAGUGUAGCUGAGUGAGUAGAAGAUUAGGAAAAUUGAAAUGCCAGACUGUAGAAGAAUAAUUAAGUCAAAGUGCCCUGGAAUCUUAUGCAGUUGUUUAAAAGUGAUAAUCAUGGAGAGUUGUGUAGCAGAUAUUCACAGAAUAUGAAGUGGAGAAAGCAGGACACAAAAUUAUAUUUAUACUACAAUUAUAACUGUCUUAAAAUGUACGCUUAUAGUCAAAAGCUAUUGUGUUGUUGUAGGCUUAUAGUCGAGCAUUAUUUUCUUAAAUUUCUAGAAUGUUCUUUAUGGUAGUGUUACUCAAAAGUUAAGGAUCACAUUUCCAUCGUGAGCAUAAUUGGAAUUCAUUAUGAAACACUUGGGAAACAGAGAAGUAGGGGAAAGAUAAUCCAUGUCCCCACCAUCCAAAGAUAGAUAUUCUCUUUAAUAUCUUGUUUUCCUUGUUGCCAUGCACAGGUUUAUAUAUUAUAACUGUGUCAAAAACGUGUAUUCAAGAUAGCUGUUCUAGUAUUCCUGUGUAAUUACGGUAAAAUACUUUGAUCUGAAGUUUUCCCUAUGUUCCUUAUAAUAGUCUUCUGAUACUGAAGCUUAGUAUGUAAUGUCACCAUUAUAAGCAUACUAUGUACCCAGGAAAAAUUGGAAAAUACAGUAAAAUUGAAAAGAAAAAUCUGCCCGCAUUCCCCACAACCAACAACUGUUAAGAUCUUCACCUAUGUCCUCCAUCUUGUGCCAUUGCAUAAACUUGUGAUUUAAACAGUGUUAAAUAGAUUUGCGUAAUGUCUAAAACAAAAAGAAACAUGGGAAACAAAAAUAGUGUUGGGGGGGGUCAUGCUUAAAUAUUUUGUUCUAAAUUUCUUGAAUAAUCUUUGGUGUUUGGAUAACAAACUUUAAGUACAUAUUCUGCAUCACAAAUAUAAGACAUACUCAAAGAAAACUGGGAAAUUGUAGUGAAGUAGAAAAAAGCAAUUGUAUUUCCAACAAGUUCCUGUUAACACCUGGGCCUGUGCAGCACGUGUGCGAUUAUUAGGAUGUCCUAGAUAAGCAUGUGAGUCAACAAGGGACGAAAUGUGGAGAAGUGUGGAACAGCGGGCUAGCUGUGGCAGGAUUACAGGGAAGUGUGUUUCCUCAGUUUCUUUGAGGGGUCUUCAUCAUAGUGUUCUAUUCUAGUAGGCUACCCUUAUUGCUUAUAUUGCCAUUCUAUAUGCAGUACGUGUCCAUCCUAGUAGCCUUGAAGAUGUGGAAAUGUAGAAGAGAAACUCAUCCAUAUUUUCAUCAUCCAAAGACUGUGUUAACAUCUCGAUAUAUUUUCUUUGUGUUGUUUCUGUGCACAGGCUUUUGGUUUGUUAAUAUGGUUGUAGUUGUUCUAUCUUGUAAUAGUGUCAACAAUAAAAAUAAAGCUAAAAGUA